GACAACGGAGCGAGCGGUCGGGAAAAAAUUGUGUUGCGAAAAUAUGUCCGAGCAGCAAACGGAUUCGUACGACUCGAGACCGGUAACGUCGAAGAAGUCGGAAAGACCGCCGUUUAAGCUGUGUUUCUCGCGAAAUCAGCAAAUCGGGAAAUCCGACGCUUGCAUAUCAAAAACAAACGCGGACUUCGUCACGCCGAAAUUCUACUCGAGGGAACUUGAAGACGUGCGAAAUGUGGACGUAAGCGACACGCUCGAGAGACUCGCCACGGAACAAGAUAGGAAGCCGAGGAACCUGUACCAAUUGCCGUUAUUGACUAGCCACACUUACGGUUGGUGGCACGACAAGGGGAUACAUCCGAAGGACUCGCGGUUUGACUUUCACAAGAGAACGUCCGACCUGGUGAGCUUCCAGAUGAAAAUUUACGCCGAGGAUCGAAAGUUGAAAGCGAGUACAGUAGUAAUGUUUCCAUUUAAAGAUGCUAUCCAAGCAGAACAACAACCGGCUCGGCGGGAUAAUCACGCGCGCGCGGGACGGAUCGCUUACGGAGCGAUUUGUUUUGCCAGUGAUACAGAGCUGGUGGAGUGUGCCUUGGCGAGUGGAUUUUGGUAUCUUGCGGAGAUUUGUAAGGAUACCCAGGCUGGCUCGCGGCGGUUUUCGCUAAGAAUGAGUUCCGGCAUUGUGAUCGAGCACGCACGACCACACGAAAAAUCGGAGAAGCCCCGUCCGUCGAGAUCCCAGGAGUCCUCUUUGCCCGAAAGUAAACGAUUAUGUUUGGACAAUGGCUAUAAUAACAAUUUAACCAAUACUCUCAACAGUCACUCUGAAAAUAGUACAAAAUGGCCGUAUUCUGGAGAUGCCAGUCUCAUUGAACCUGAAAUCCUAGAAGAUAUGGGAGUUAGCAUGUUAGAAGAUGGAGUAACUAAUUGCGAAAAUACAAAAAGACUACAAUCUGAAGAGUGUACGAUUUUAAUGGAGAAUUUAGCUAGUAAUAAUAGAUCAGUAAUAGAUGAUUCUGAUAUUUUUGAAUAUCAAGAAGAGGUUUAUACAAGUUCUAGUUUGGAAAUUGCAAUUUCAGACAGGGUUCAACAAGAUUCAUGUGAUACAGAUGAUUUAACUGGAUUUGGUAGUACACAGAAUGAAUCUGGCUAUUCUUCAAGAAUGGAAGCUGAUUACUUUGGGGAUUUAAAAGAGAGCUUUACCAAGGAAAAGGUUAACACUUCUGCCGAAAAAAAUGAGCAAUCUUGUUUAGAUCAAUUUUGCUUGUUUAGGAGAAAAAAAAGACCUUCCGUUUAUGGCGAGGAUAAGUUUAACAAGUUAUCAGAUGAAAUAAUUUUGAUGAUAUUGAAAUGGUUACCUAAGAAAUGUUUGGUACGCUCUAUGCUAGUAUGCAAACGUUGGUGCCAAAUAGCUCAAGAUGAAGCAUUAUGGACUAGGUUAGAUAUGGGUAGUAAAGUUUUAAAUGAAGGUACAUUAGGGCAUAUAUUGCCGCGAGGGGUUCAAAUUUUAAGACUGGCACAGGCGGAAAUUGCGGAUCCUGUCUUUUGUGAAGGCAGCCAAGUCCUUAGCGAUUCUUAUAUCAGUAAAUUACAGUUCUUAGAUUUGUCUAUGGCGGUUAUAUCACCAAUGAGUUUGGCUGUCUUAUUAUCCAAAUGUAAAUGUCUGAAAAAAUUGUCACUGGAAAAAUGUAUAGUGAAUAGGGAUUGCUGUAGAGCGAUUAGUCAAAACACUGAAUUAGAAGUUUUGAAUUUAACAAUGUGCGAGAAUAUAAACAUUGGAUGUAUUAUGGAUUUAAUGGAACUUGAAUGCUUAAUUGCCCUCAACAUAGCAUGGUGUUCUUUGGAUAACGAGUGUAUAACGUUACUUUGCAGAACGUUGCCAAAAUCCAUUACACGCUUGAACUUAGCGGGUUGUAGAAAGACAAUGACUGAUGAGAAUGUAAAGGACUUGUUAAGAAGAUGUCCGGAUAUUACAGAAUUAGACCUGAGUGAUUGCGCUAUGCUUACAAUGCAUACCGUCCAUAAUUUAUUAAACUUUUCGAAACUCGAGCACUUAUCACUGAGCCGUUGUUACAGCAUCCCGCAAUCGGCAUAUAUAAGAUUAGCUACUAUGCCGUGUUUAUUGUAUUUAGAUGUUUUCGGCCUAAUGACGGAAUCAGUGCUUAAAUCAUUACAAGCUACUUGCCGUGAACCCGAAAUUAACAAGUAUCUAUAUAGUUCGGUAGCGAGGCCAACAGUCGGUAUUCGAAGAACCAGUAUUUGGGGUCUUCGAGUUAGAGAUUAAAUUCAAUAUGUAGGCAAUUCAUCAAUUUACAAGAGAUUUCAUCGAUAGAUCGAGGGAUGGAUUUGACCAAAGGGUAACUCUGAUCUAUAUAUAUAAUGUUGCAUCUUUCUACUCAGACUGAAUAUUGUACUGAUAAAAAGUUAAAUUUAAUUUGAAGAAAUGAAAUGAUGUUUAAGGUAAUAGUAUAGUCCUUCCAAAGUUUAAUAUUGAAUUGUUGCUCAGAUAUAUAGAAUUCUUUAUAAGUAGAAUA